GUUUUAUUUUAAGCGUCCAAAUGGUUGGGGGAAAUGCUUCACAUCCCACAUGAGGCAUUGUGCAAUAGAAGGUGGAGAGUCAGACUUAGCCCUUAAGCAGCCGUGUGGCCAAGGGGAGUCCUGAGGCUCUCAAGACCCUCAUGAGCAGAGUGGGAGCAGUAGCGCUGCCUUUCGAGGUGGUCGUGGCCAAGAGCACUGAGGCAGGAUACUCCCUCCGACCUGUAGGCACAGGAGGAGGUUACCCCUGCGAGGAGCGGGGAUGACAAAGGAGACAGAGUCCGGGCAAACUCCAGGCUCUGGUCAUGCACAGAGCUUGCCUUUGGACCUUCUCCCAUUAUCUCUACCUCCCUAGCCUGCACACGUGUGCAGAUAAAGCUGUCCAGGAGCUGAGCUAAUUGGUUUUAAAGUCUUCCUGAUCGUUUCCCCUGUCAGGCGGUCGCUGGGUGCCCAUCCAGACGGAGGGAGCCGCAGCCCGAGACAGGGUGUCCUCAGCAUGGCCCAUCGUCAGCCCCUGGCCAAAGUCAAGGGCCGGCUCCGGAUCCGCAACCACCUGGCCCGACAGUGCCUGGCAGAGUUUCUGGGUGUGUUCGUGCUCCUGUUCCUCACCCAGGGGGCUGUGGCCCAGGCUGUCACCAGCGGAGAAAACAAAGGCAACUUCUUCACCAUGUUUCUGGCUGGCUCUCUGGCGGUUAUGGUAGCCAUCUACGUGAGUGGUAACGUCUCAGGGGCCCACCUGAAUCCAGCCUUCUCCCUGACAAUGUGCCUCCUGGGGCGUUUCCCCUGGUUCAAGCUUCCCAUUUACUGCUCGGUGCAGCUUCUCUCUGCCUUCUGUGCCUCUGGAGCCACCUACGCUGUCUACUACGACGCCCUACAGAAUUAUACAGGUGGCAACCUGACAGUGACUGGCCCCAGGGAGACAGCUUCCAUCUUUGCGACCUACCCUGCCCCGUAUCUGUCCCUGAACAAUGGCUUCCUGGAUCAGGUUCUGGGCACAGGGAUCCUGAUUGUGGGCACCUUGGCCAUCGUGGACACACGGAACAAGGGAGUGCCUGCAGGUCUGGAACCUGUGGCUGUGGGGUUGCUGAUCCUAGCCAUCGGGCUAUCCCUGGGUGUCAACUGUGGGUACCCACUCAACCCUGCCCGCGACCUGGGCCCACGGCUUUUCACCUACGUGGCUGGCUGGGGCCCUGAAGUCUUCAGCGCCGGUAAUGGCUGGUGGUGGGUGCCUGUGGUGGCCCCUCUGGUGGGGGCUACGCUUGGCACCGCCACCUACCAGCUGCUGGUGGCUCUCCACCACCCGGAGGAGUCAGAGCCAGCUCAGGAUCUGGAGUUUGCCCUACAUAAAGCCUCCGUCUUGGAAACGCCUGCCUCAGUUCGGCUGCCGCAGUAAAGGUGCUCCCACGACAGCCCUCACCUCCCUUGUGGACGCUGGAGAGGGUCAGAGAUCCAGGGCUGGUGACAAGACGUCCUCUCUCUUGACGAAUACACCAGCUUCGCGGUUCGCUAUCGGGGCAUCGUUUCCUCCUAAACUGGGGAGGUUGCCUGGACGCGGCCCUCCGAGCCAGGUCCCUCCUGCGCUCCAGCCCUCCUCUCCUCCUCCCCUGUUCCCCUCCUCCCGCUUUGGGCCCUGAUGGCUCCUGCGGACGUAGUGCCUCAAAGUAGCCACCAGAGGGCGCGCCCGGGAGCGGCGCGGGAGGGCCGGGGCAGCCCCCGCGAGGGGGGCUUCCUGCGGAGCCCGGUCCCCCUGCCCGGCUCCCAGCCCCACAACCUCGGUGCGGCCGCCCUUCCCUCGCGGGGCGGCUCUCCAGAUGGCGAGGGUGCGAGCCGGGCCUGCCUAGUGGCCGGGAGCGCAAACCGGGAAACUGAGGCACGACCCAGUGCCCAGACGCUCCAGCCGUCCGUCCCGGAGUGGGGUGAGGUGCGCCGCGGGGCAAGGUUCUGGC